CUAAUUGGUAAUUGCCCGCCCAUGUCUCCCAUGAAUCUUAUUGGACUGGACCUGUUUUUGAGUGUGGAAUGCAGCUGUGAAGGAGAGUACCACGAGAGCACGUGUGAGAUACAGUCAAGGUUGCCGAUAGACUGUCCCGUGGCUCCUAACCGGUGGCUUAUACAAUAUGGUCGGUUUUUAGUCCGAGAUGAACAUUUUAAUCCCAGCAACAAACCUAUUGUUCCUCACAAAAGCUUCAGAGAGUUUAGGGUUACAGUGAAAAGUCCAGUAAAGAAAAGUUCCAAACAAAGAGCCACGUGUUUUGUUGACGUGGACCUACCCCAAGUUGCAAAACAUUUCAUGGACUGGUUAGUAAAUGAGCUGGAAAGGAGUUACGGUAAGAUAAAGUACCAGAGAAGACUUCACCUUGUUCUAACGAACCAGCAACGAAGCAGAUUGGAGGAAUCAAGUCAGGACUUUACUCAAUUCAAGGGUACAGUACGAUCCAUCCUGCUGGUCCGAGAAAGGAAGGAUGUGAACGUGAAAAUAGAGGGUUUAAAGAACAGUCUAAUAAUUUGGAGCAAGGAUCUCAGACCUACUGCUGACACUACUGUCCAUGUUCAGCAGGCAACAACAACUCAGCUGGCGAUACAUCGUUUUAAAAAACAGUGUUACGUAGGGGGGUUUCUCAUUUUGUUGUUUUGCGUUGUAAUUCCCACUAUUCUUUACUUUUCUGAGAAGUUCAAAGUAUUCAAGUUUCCGGAUUGAUUUGGUUUUUUUAAAACAAGA